AUGCAGCUUACGAAUAAAUCAAGUGAAGAGCAGACGGAUACCCGUGAGACAGUUGAUGAAGAUAGUACAAAUGAGAUUAAGGAUACCACUCAAGACGAGGUUAAGCGUAACAGAAUAAAACUUAUUACUAAGUUGCUCAUCGAUAGUAAGUAUAGUCUCAUGGAUGAUGUUAAUUACAACAGGGGAUUUUCUGAACUUAAGGACAAGAGUGUAUUGAAAGAAAGCCAUUUAGAUCCAGUAAUUAGUGAAUCUAAUUCAAGUGUCUCUCUGGAUAAAUCUAACGCUAAUAAAAACAAUAACAACCAUAAGAACAACAAGAAUGUGAAGAACUUUGGUAUUACAAUUCCGAGAUCCACAAGGAUUAAAGCUGAUCGUGUAAGGAUUUAUUUGGAUAAUUAUUACACUAAAAUGGAAGGAAGCAUAUCGAUAGAAAACUCAGAGCAUUUACAUGAAGGGAUAGAAGGUGUCUAUAACCCUUUACAGGUUAUCAGAAAUCGUAAGUUGAAGAACAAAUAUAAUGAGAUGCCAGCAAGACAAUUUUCCAUGCGAAAGCCUCCAUUGAUAGCUGUAUUAGAGUUUUCUAGAAAACCCCACAAGAGAAUGCCCUGGUUUGUAGAUGUUACUGAAAUUUCUAGUGAUAUGACUUGGAGAACUUCGCAUUGGGAUGAGUUGGUCGAUCCCCACGGUAACUUAUGGUUCGGUAAGAAGGAUACUUCUUCACAUAUUGAAGGUCCCUACAAUAAGUCUAGACAUGAAAGCCGGUCGAGUCAAAAAAAAAACCAGAACCACCAUCAUCACCACCACCAUCACCAUCACCUUAGGCGGCCUUACCAUAGAUCACGAUCCUCACGACGAGAAAGUGGAGCAGGGCUCCCGGAUUAUGGUAGCACUACAGAUGAUGGCGACGUCAACGGUACACCAAUGGAGAACACUAAAUUAUUGAAGUCCUAUAACGAACUUGAUGUUAACGACAAGGACAUCAAUCAUUUGACUCCGGAGGAAUAUGCAGAUGAAGAAUCUCUCAAUGCUGCUAGCGAAAGAUCAAGACUCAAUAGGUUUGAAAUGAUGAUUAAAAAACCUAGAUGGUCGAAAUCACCCAAUUCUCGUCGUAAAAGUCAUGGUACCUCCGUAGACAAACUGACAACUCCAAUACAUCAUACCAGAACCGGUUCCACGGCGACGACGCGUGCAACCAGGCCCAGCCGUGGUAGUGCUAGUAGUGGUUUAGUUUCGAACAUUUCAACUACACCUCAAGCCAAUAACUCAAUUGCUAGCAAUAGUACUGAUUCACAAAUGCCGAGGAAUAAUCUUUUAAAUGCAGUAGCUAUUCAUAGAUUGAGAACUCCUGGUGCCGAGGUAGCUGUGGAUGAUGAUGACGAAGAAGAUGCACAAGAAAUAGAUCCCUUACAGGAAAAGCCAUUCGAACCGGUGAAAUCCUCCGAGAACUUUGAAUAUGGACAGGUUGAUGAGAAAUUACAAGAGCACAGAUAUUCUACACGAUUUCUAUUGAGUGCAAUGAAAGUAGUUAAACACAGAAAAAUGACAGAUGCUAUUAUUAAAAAGAAGUAUAUUCAAAAGAGGUGUACUCCACAACACGAUGAGAACAUGCCUUUGAUCGUUAACAGUACAUCAGAGAUGUUAAAAACGUAUGAUGAAGAGCUGGAAAGAGCUUUGAAGAAAGGGAAUAAUUAUGCAUCAUCCCUUUUGAACGACUAUUCCAUGUGCGUGGAAACAUUAAUCUCGACGACAGACAGAAUCCUAAGUGAUAUUAAUACGACUCUGACUUUGAAAUUGAAGAUGUUCCAAGAAAAUGCCGAUAGGUUCGGUACUUUAAAAAUGAUGAAAACCCAAAAACUGACUAAAAUUCUCUACGGUGUACUCGAAUUUACCAUUAUUACAGUGUUUUGGACAAUUUGGCUUGCAGUUAGCAUUGUAAAAUGUACAAAACUUAGCCUUGUCCUCACAGUAAAGCUAUUGAAAUGGAUGCUAUGGUAA